AUGUAUCGACAAAUACUGGUUCACAAUGACGACUGUCAGCUACAAAAAAUAGUUUAUCUGUCAAAGCCUACUGAUGAGCUUCAAGAGUUCAUAUUGAAAACAGUAACAUAUGGUACAAAGACUGCCCCGUACUUAGCCACCAGGACAGAUGAUUUAUUGACAGGAGCAGACACUGAUGAACAAUGUCAUGAGAUGUUCCAAAAACUCACUAGUGUGCUCAACAGUGCCCAAUUACCAUUGAGGAAGUGGUGCUCGAAUUCGUCAACACUCUUGUCCAUAUUACCUUCCACCAACCAAGUUACUCGAUUACUUUUCAAAUAUGAACAUGUCAGAUUACUGCAUGUGGGACCAUUGGCAUUGUUAGCACAUAUCAAUAAUCAGUAUUGGGUGAUUAGAGGUCGGUGCAUAGCAAGAUCCACUGUAAGUCGCUGCAUUCAAUGUUUCAGAACCAGUCCUAGAUUUGUAUCCCCAUUCAUGGCACCCCUUCCACGUGAGAGAGUGACCAUUGCAAGACCUUUUGCACGAACUGGUGUAGACUAUUUGUGCCCGGUUAUGGUGCGAAAAGCAGUGUUGAAUUCACGGCCAUUAACACCACUGUCAAGCGAUCCUUCUGACUUCAAUGCUUUGACAGCCGGCCAUUUCUUGAUUGGUGGUCCACUACAGCUCCCACCUGAACCAGAUAGUACAGGCAUUCCACAGAACCGUCUGCGUCAAUUCAAACUCUUGCAAGCACAAGCACAGAAUUUUUGGAAACGGUGGUCUUCGGAGUAUUUACCCCAGUGUCAACAACGUGGCAAGUGGACCAAACUCACUCGAAACAUUGAAGUAAGAGACUUAGCAGUUUUAAAGAAUGACAAUAGCCCACCACUGCAAUGGGACCUAGUUCGUGUUACCAAAGUUCAUCCGGGCCCUGAUGGAAUUGUACGAGCUGUCACGGUACGGAAUUCGGCGGAAUCUGAGUUCAAGCUUCCAGCAACCAAGUUAGCUGUUCUACCCACUAAAAACGAUGAAGUCAGAGAAAGACAGAACGCGUAA